GACGUCAUCGCGCACAAUCCAUCACGCACAAUGGGAGGAGAGAAGAACGGAGGAGAUGCUUUAAAAAUAAGGAAAAUAAAAACGCCACAAUUUUAAAGCCACAAGCUUAUCUGGAUACAUGGACGGUGGACACUAUGGUUACGCUCGGGAGUAUUUUGACCGCUUUGUCCAGGGUCAGGACUCUACAGUUGUGAAUAAAUUUCAGCAGAAAUACUGGAAGACCAAACAGACGUUGAUUAAAGUGACUGGGAAGAAAGAGGACGAACAUGUGGUGGCCUCAGACGCCGACCUCGACGCCAAGCUGGAGGUUUUCCACUCGGUGCAGAGGACAUGCAUGGAGCUCCUCAAAGUGAUCGAACAGUACCAGAGGAGAAUCUGUCUUCUGUCUCAGGAGGAGAACGAGUUGGGACGUUUCCUGCGCUCUCAGGGCUCUCAGGACAAAAGCCGAGCGGGGAAGAUCAUGCAGGCGACGGGGAAAGCUCUCUGCUUCUCCUCUCAGCAGAGGCUGGCGCUGCGCGUCCCGCUCUGCCGCCUGUACCAGGAAGUGGAGACGUUCCGCUACAGAGCCAUCUCAGACACGUGGCUCACGGUCAACAGGAUGGAGCAGGCGAGGACCGAGUACCGCGGAGCCCUGCUGUGGAUGAAGGACGUCUCGCAGGAGCUGGACCCCGACACCCACAAACAGAUGGAAAAGUUCCGGAAGGUUCAAGCUCAGGUGCGUGUCACUAAAACCGGCUUUGACAAGCUAAAGAACGACGUUUGUCAGAAGGUGGAUUUACUGGGAGCCAGUCGAUGUAACCUGCUCUCACACGUCCUCACUAACUACCAGACUACGUUGUUGCAUUUCUGGGAGAAAACCUCUCACACCAUGGCCGCCAUUCACGAGAGCUUUAAAGGCUGCCAGCCGUACGAGACCUCGGCACAGAAGGAGAAUAAAGGGUCUGAUCUGAGAGCAAAGAAACGGACCAAGAAAAAAUACAAGGAAACAGAAGAAGGGGAAGUGAGGCCGAGUCUCGCCGUAGAAGACACGCUGAUUUCGAUAGACGACGAGGAUCGGAUUAAAGACACGAAUCAGACAGGAGCCGGAGAGGAGACGGCGUGCGGCAUCAGAGCUCAGGAGAAGGACGGACCGAGCGCGCUCGCCGAGAUCUUCGGCUCCAGCUCUGUGGAGGACACCGAUUUCUCCCGGGAGUGGAGGGACGUGUUCGGGGAGGACGAGAGCGAGGACGGAGGGAAGUCUGCGCUCACAGAAGCUCAUCCUGAAGAGGAAGAGGAGGCUUCGUUCUUCCUCCCGUCACAACUCCUGGACCAGAACAUCCACAACCUGCAUUCUUCAGCGUCCGGAUGGAUUCUGGGUAGUUCCCAAAGCUCCUCAGGGCCGAGCGAUCAAACUACAGGAGCCAAUCAGAUCAGGUCCAAACCGACGGCGAGAGACACCAGUGAGAGUGGGAAGGAUCGCUCCGCAUGGUUUAACCUCUUCGCCGAUUUGGAUCCUCUCACCAACCCAGACGCAGUCGGCAGAACAGACAACGAGCACGAGCUCUUCAGUGCCUAAGAGCAAAGUCCUUCCGGUAAAUUCUGUCCACUCGGCGGCCAUCUUAGAGACGCUAGCUUAAAUAUCAUGAUUUCUGUUUUAAAAUAGCAGUUAAACUCAUGACACCAUAACAAACACCUCCAUGUGGUUUUACUCUACAUUGCUGAUGUGUUCAGCUCCCAAACAUCAACCAUGGAUUAAAUUUGGGACUGAGUGGAAAUUUAUCAGUCUCUUUGCCCCCUGAACGUUUCUUUACUCCACUGUAAGAACAUUUCAUACAUCAUCUGGACUUUUUAAACACCUUCUUAUAACAGGAACGUAAACGAAUCAGUCUCUGCUCACGCUUUUAACACUUCUGCAGUUCAUUUUGUUUCCUUUAAAGCUCUUUAAACACAGUUAUUUAAAACAGUAUAAAAUAAAGUAUGAAAAAAGAGUAAAAAUCUCCUGCUGAAUAAAUCAUGUUCAUAGACCGUAUUUACAGCAUAAUAACUAUAAGUGAAAACAUUCAUAACAUGACAUAAUGGCAUCGUAUACUGUACAUGGUUGAUGAAUUUAUUUAUUUAUUUGUUUGUUUGUUUAUUUAUUACAAGUUAUUGUUUCUAUAGUUGUAAUGUUACACAUAACUGUUAUGAACAUUAUAUAUGAGUAGUGUUCAUAACACAUAUCUCGCAUUAUAAGGCAUUAUAACUGUCUCAGAAACUCAGAACUUUCUGUGUGUGUUUAGUUUAAGACGUUUUCAAUUAUUAUUGAAUUAUUAUUAUUAUGUUCUAAAAACAAAUGUAACUUCAUAUAAA